GUGGAACCAUUGCUGAGUGCCGCACAGUCAUAAGCUUUGACUCAGCACCUCAACCCCCCAUCACAGCAGCCCCAGCACCCCCUUACCUCCUCUCCCCCACUGCCAGGUGGGGGAUUGGGGCGCCUGAGGUAGUGGGGAGAGGGAAGGAGAGCAGCAGGGGGCCGAGACGCAGAGACGCACCCGACAUGGCCAAGCUGCUGGAGUCUUCGCACCACUGGAUGGGAACCUCAAUGGCUGGUGCGUCAGUGCGUCAAUCAGACACCUAUCAAGCGCAGGUACAAGCGGCCUGGCAGAAGAGUUGGAACCAGACCCAGUCCCUCCUGCAGAAUCUGCGGUUCAGGGAGCGAGGACCUCUCAAGUCGUGGCGGCCCGAGACCAUGGCUGAGGCUAUCCACGCCGUGCUGAAGGAAGGCCUGUCGCUCUCCCAGGCGGCCCGGAAAUACGACAUCCCGUACCCGACCUUCGUGCUGUACGCCAACCGAGUGCACAACCUGCUGGGGCCGUCACAGGAGCCCGGGGACAUGAGGCCCAAGGGUCGCGGCCGCCCUCAGCGAAUCCUGCUGGGAUCGUGGCCUGAGGAGCAGAUCAAGGGCGUCAUCAGGGCUGUCGUGUUCCGAGACACUGCCAUGUUCAAGGAGAAUGAACACAAGUACGGCAGCGGCAACAAGACGAAGGAGAACAAGCAGCCAACCACGCCCAAGGUGCCAAGGGAGGAUCCUAAUGCCAUCGCAGUGAAGCCCAAUGGCCCAGCCCUCCCUACAGUGUCCGGCAUCCUCUCCAGCCUCAACAUCGAUAACCCAGACACCAACAGCAGCCUCUCCACAACCCCCAGCACGCCCAUUCCCACCACACCAGCCCCAUCAACUCCAGCACCUUCAACCCCCCUGCAGACACCCUCCACCACACCCGCCGCCACCACCCCCAUUGCCCUGCCCCUCACCACGCCUCCCACACCAUGCAGCAUGAUCGCAUCUGCUGCUGGAAGUCCUGGAUCAGUGGACACACGGCUGGCCUCCUCCACCAUGGGAAGCUCCUCUCCUCCUCUUACCUCCAACUUGGCAUCAGCCUGCCUCACCAGCAUCACCCUCACCUCCUCCUCUGUCUCCUCCCCAGUCUUCAGUGUCACCACCACCAGUAACGGCAGUAUUAACAACAACAAUGGUUCCACUGUUGCCACAGGUAGCAGUGGUGAAGAGCCCCCUCCAGGGAGUCCAUCCUCAGGGGUGCUGCAGAGACAGACACCACCCCAGCACACACCUCAGCCACAGCAGCAGCAGCAGGGAGAGGAGGAACAACAGCAGCAGCAGCAACUCCAACAGCAACAACAACAGCAACAACAACAACAACAGCAACAGCAACAGCAGCAACAACAGCAGAUGAUGCAAGACCAGCAGAAGCUAAAACAGGAGGAGGAUCUCUCACAGAAUUUUCAACAAGAUCCUCAACAGCAGCAGCAGGAUCAGCAAAACCAGCAGCUGCUACAGCAACAGCAACAGCAGCAGCAACAGCAGCAACAACAACAGCAGCAACAACAGCAGCAGCAACAACAACAACAGCAGCAGCAGCAGCAGCAGCAGCAGCAGCAGCAGCAGCAGCAGCAGUGCGUGAAGAAGGAGCAGCUUCCCACAGUGCCACAACAGCAGCAGCUCCAGUCACCAUACCCUAUGCAGCGGCCAGCCACCCACCCUAACCCUCUCCACAACCCCCACCAGAACCCUCUUCAGUGUCCCAGCCCCACCCAGCAUCCUGCAGCUGCCCUUCAUUCUCAGCAGCAGCAGCAGCAACAACAACAACAGCAGCAGCAACAGCAACAGCAACAGCAGCAGCAGCAACAGCGACACCAUAGGCCACAACACCCCAACCAGCUGCAGAACCAGCUGAGCCAAGGCCAGAUGCCCCAGAGGCAGAUGCCCCAGAGCCAGCGUGGCCCCCCUCAGCGCCACCAUUCCCAGCAUGCCCAGCUGGGGGCCCUCCUGCCUGGGGCACUCACCUCACCUCUUGCUACCUCCCUGGCAUCCCCUGUCCACUUGGCACGCCUCUUUGGUGAGGGAAGUCACCCCCACCUGCCAGCCCACCAGCCACCCCAGCACCCCGCAGCCCCCAUCAACCCCUUCCACCCGGGCUUCCCCCGCCAGCCUCACCCAUCCGCUGCACUUCAGGUCAUGAAUGCCAUGAACAGCCUCAGCCCCCACACCUCCCGAAUUAAUUCCAAUGACCUCGAUGCAGCUUCUGAGGCGCUCCUGUUCAGCAAGCUGACCAACCCUCAGAUGAACCCCAGCCAAGGUAAUGGGGAUGCCAUGGGCCGUGCUGGGCCUCCUCAGAACCAGUAUGACAAUCAUGGAGAUGCUGCCUCCCUCACCAACAUGGUUAACCGUGCAUCGCUAAUGUACCGUGACGGCCUUGACGCUAUCAAAACUGAACCUGAACCUAUUCUAAAUUGAAUGAUGGCGAACUUAUAAUAUUAUUAGCCCAUGUUGUUUAGAAAAGUUGGGAUAUUCAUAAGCUGAUGGGAAAUGCAUUGCUGGAAGAAAGAAAAGGAAACUCAGCUGACUGAAUGUGGCCCCAUACAGCUUGUUUGUGUGUGCAGUGUCUAGACAUUUGAAAUGUGUUUAAUGUGUUGGGACCAUAUUCCUUUAGGAGAAUUUUGCACACCUCUUUAUAAGAGCAUAUUUUAGAUAUGUAAAUAGUAGAGAGGACUUAGCAUGUAGGAUUACAUUUACAUUUGUCCAUAAUUGUUGGGCAUUACCUCAUAGUGAAACUCAUUUAUACACCGUGUCACUGUACAAACUGGACAUAUUAAUAAUUCCCUGUGUACAUAACAAUGGUGACGAGUGUAUGUACAUAUAUGUGUGCUGCCUUGCACUCUUCAAGUUGCUUGAGUAAUAGACUUUUGUACCUUUUUAAAAGGUAAUGUUGCUUUAUUUGUUACAUCAAUGAUAACAUGUGACAAAAUAACUGGGACACCAAGUUUACUAGAAUGUUAAUUUAUUUGCUACGCUAUAGUUACACCUCCAUUCAGUUGUUGUUCUGUCCCUGUCGAGAGGGAGUCGGUAGCCAUGACCUGUGACAAGCACAUCUCCCUGCCCAUAUAUACACUAGCAACAUUACCCAGUAUUUCCUGAACUGCCCCUCACAUAGGCAAGAAGGACUCAUUCCAGACACCAAAAUCAGCUGAUCACCCUGAGUGUUGAGAUUAUGUACUGUGUGUUGGCAAUCUUGUGUUGGUACAAUAUAUGGUAGAAUUUUCAGUGUAUUUAAUCCAGGUCUUAGUGAAAACCCAGGACUGAUAUUUGGACUAUGCGAGUACUAUCAUUAUAGACUUUCAUGAGCAAAGUGAUUGUUAUACUUGUUGAUUAUGUGAUGUGCUACUUUGUUUUGGACAUUGAUCCAAAAUGUUGUUCUUAAUUUCAAAUUUAUUUUAUAGACAUAUACAAUUAUAUAACCAAAGUAUACAUCAUAGGUUAAGGCUAUUUUAAUACUUAUAGUUUGUAAGAUGUGUUUAGACUUAAGAAGAUGAAGAUGUUGCACUGACAGUGUUCCCUGCUUCUGUAGCGAAUGUAUGAUGACAGUUACAGCAGUGUCCGGGCAACGCAGAGCCUUCACGGAUAGUGAGGGUGACCAUCUGGCUAUAAGAAGCAGGGUCAACAUUGAUGUUUUAGAUUAGAUGUUACCAGUAUACUGUGACAUGUAGCAGCAGAGAGUCUGGCUCGGAAACACAUGCUAAGUGGUUUUCCUUAUUUUAUAUACUCUCUGCUCUUUUUUUUUCACUGAGGCAUUUUCCAGUUUUAGACAUGUAAUCUAGCUCCAGACUUUAUUGAUUCACAUAUUCCUUCACAUCUUAAACAUUCCCAUUCAGAUUUUCUGCUGCUUGUAAACCAUUAUCUUAAUUAUAGUUUUAUGUUAAUUAUCAUAGAGCACUCAAUAUACAUUUCUGUAAGUAUAAUCCCUUUUCAGCUGUUAUUUAUGUUAGUGAUAUCUUGUAAUCACCACAUACUCUUUAGGCUGCUAUUGGGGAUUUCCAUCUUUAAGUUUAUGACAAAACAUUUACAUGAUUGACACAUAACAGUUCACAAAAGCAGUAUAUCAGGAAUCCAAACAGGGCCUGAGUACCCAAGUUUGCCACAUUGGCUCCCACUGACUAGCAAAAACCCUAAUGAUUCACAGGAAACCCUUCAAGAGGCACGCCCAGUAGUUGGCCUAAUGUAUAUAUUGUGAUAUAGAUACUGAGCUCUGACCAUUGAGCAGCAAGGGCCUGCAGCCGCCUCCCCGUGUGAGUGUGUCCAUGUAGUAGCUUCAUUGUGGUGUCAUCCACCUCCCUUUAACUACUGCUGUGUGCAUGUUUUGUUGGUAUUUGUAUUGUGGUUGGUAACAUAGCUUGUCAAAUCACUAAUCAACGUAAUUUAAUGUACUGUUAUCAGGAAUCAUAUCUCAAAAUCUCCAUUUUAUUAUUAUUUAUACAGUUUAACAAAAUUUCGAGAAGUUGAUUCUCUGAUGUAUCUACUAAGUCCAUGUAGAUGAGGAUAGACCAACUGGUAGGUAUCUGUUUGGCCAGGUGCCAUAGGGAGGGAUGUGCCUGUAGAUGCUCUAAAUAAAAUUUAAAAAUUGAA